ACAAAACAACCUAGGACGCUCCCAGAACAGAUUCCAGUUAUUAACAAACAGCAGAUUCUGUUCACUACACCAGGAAACUAUUCUCUGAUUGUUUGUGCUGGCAUGUUGACAGUUCCAAAGCAGGGAUCACAUGGUGUUAGUUGGUGUUAGAGAUCACAUGGUAUGGUGUUAGUUCAUUGGAUGCUGGUUUUAGAUGUUCCAUGUGCAUUGGUUAAACUGUCAGUGAAAAUGACUCAACCACUAACCCAGCGGUUGGGUUACACAAGACAACCCAAAAACUACCCAAGACUGUGAUAAUAACAAUUAAAUGUCCCAAAAGACUCAACCCAGGGUUUGUGUAGAAAAAAAACCCCAGCAUGUUUUAGAGAGUACCACCCGACCCGGGAAAGUACCUUUGGUACCGUUAUAUUUUGGUACCGUUAGUGAGGUGCUGGAGCUGUACUCCUCUUUGUAAAUGCGGGGUUUUUUUUCUUUUCACCUCAGUGCAGCUGUCAGUCAGGAAAAGGGGGCGUGGCCACACCACUGGAAUUAACUUUACCUUCUAACUCAACCCAGUGUGAGUUAAUUAUCUCAGAUGGACAGUGUUUAAUCACGCACAUUUCUCUCUCACACACACUCUGAGGAUGGAGAUGAGGAUGGAGAUGAGGAUGGAGAUGAAGGUGUUCCCGGUGCUAAUGCUGUGCGCUUUUCUGGCAGGAGUGCACGGCGGGAACGUGUUGGUCUGGCCCUGCGAUGGAAGUCACUUUCUGAACAUGAUCCCGGUUCUGGACGCGCUGAUGGACCGAGGACACCGGGUAUCGGUGCUCAUGCCGAGCGUAGCGCUUCAGCGGGACGUGCGCCAAGCCGCGCACUUCGACCUGCUCUCCUUCAACGUGUCGGUGUCGUACUCGGAGCUGCAGCUGUUCCUGGAGGAAUACCUGCGCUUUUUGAUCUACGACAGGGCGCGCGCCGGUCUGCUGCAGAAGUACGUGGAGUUCUACCGGCUCGCCUCCCGCAGGCAGGACCUGGUCCUCUCGUACUGCGAGGGCACGCUCCGGAACCCGCCGCUCAUGGACAAGCUGAGGCGCAUGCGCUUCGACGCGGUCCUCGCGGACCCGGUGUACCCGUGCAGCGACCUGUUGGCGCACACGCUCGGCGUGCCGUUCGUCUACACUUUCCGCUUCUCCAUCGCGCACACCGUGGAGCGCCUGUGCGGCGCGAGCGUAACGCCACUGGCCUACGUGCCGGGAUCUACGUGCAGCCUCACUGACCGCAUGAGCUUCACGCAGCGCGUGCGCAAUGUGCUCUUCUACUGGAGUCAGGACGUCAUGACCCUGAGCCUGUGGAGGAAAUACGACCAGUACUACAGCCAGUAUUUAGGUAAACCCACAAGUUACUGUGAGAUGAUGGGUCGAGCUGAUAUCUGGUUGAUCAGAGCUUACUGGGACUUCGAGUUCCCACGACCUCUCCUACCAAACUUCAUCUAUGUCGGAGGCCUGCACUGUACUCCUGCUAAACCUUUACCAGAGGGUAUGGAGGAGUUUGUUCAGAGCUCUGGAGAUGAUGGUGUUGUGGUGUUCACUCUGGGCACGCUGAUCACAAACCUCACCAUGGAGAAGUCCAACAUGAUCGCCUCGGCUCUCGGACAGAUCCCUCAGAAGGUGGUGUGGAGUUACCGAGGAGAGAAGCCACACACUCUGGCUCCAAACACCAGGAUUUAUCGCUGGAUUCCCCAAAACGAUUUACUGGGUCAUCCCAAAACCCGAGUGUUCGUCACUCAUGGUGGCUCGAACAGUGUGUAUCAGGCCAUUUAUCACGGCGUGCCCAUGGUGGGGAUCCCGCUGUUUGCCGAUCAACCAGAUAACAUGGUGCGCAUGCAGGCCAGAGGCGUCGCCAUCGUCCUGGACAUUAACAAAAUGCAGACGCAGGACCUGGUGGACGCUCUUAAAGCCAUCAUCUAUCAACCAGAGUACAAGGCGAACGCCCGGCGUCUGUCCCAGACGCACCAUGAGCGUCCCAUCAAACCUCUGGACGAGGCCGUGUUCUGGAUCGAGUACGUGAUGAAGAAUAAAGGCGCUAAACACCUGCGCGUAGCCGCUCAUCAGCUCUCCUGGUACCAGUACUACCUGCUGGAUGUGCUGAGCUUCAUCCUCCUCGCACUCGCUCUAAUCCUCUACAUCUUUAUGAAAACCAGCAGAGUCGGCCUCUGGAUCAUCAAAUCAACACGAAAUCACAAGAGGAAGUUGGAGUGACGUCCACUCUGUAGAAAGAUCACAACGCAGAACGUGUUGUACUUUCUGUUUUGCAGUAAAUGAAAUGAAAAUGCUAUUGAAACAUAUAUAAUGUGAAUUCUACAGGUGAGACUGACUUUACUUUAAAUUAAAAUUCUGUUUUAUUUGUUUGGUGUAAAACUCUUUCAUUAUUAUUGUUCUUACAUUCCCACCUCGGUCUAGUCUCCCUGAGGUAAGACGGAUGAA